AUGAAGCAUCCCGCGCUCGUUAUAGGUCUCCUUUGCGGACUCACGGCUGCAAAACCUACUAAGCUCAACACCUGGUCUAUCGGUCAGACGGUUUCCACCACCAGUGGCCGUGUCGUCGGCCACGCUGCUCAGGACGUCCCCGAUGUUUCCGAGUAUCUCGGCAUUCCGUUUGCCGCUGCGCCUGUGGGCGCUCUGCGUUUCCAGCCUCCUGUUCCCUACAAUGGCUCCGCAGUCAUCAAUGGCUCAGCAUUUAGUACCCUCAAAGCGAAGACUGCUUGUCAGUCAAUGUUUGGACCAAGCCGCAAGUUGGCGAGCGGAAGAAAGCCAUCCUUGUUUGGGUACAUGGAGGCGCUUAUUCCUAUGAGGUCGGGAACAAGGACUCACGAUGCCAGUUACCGUCUUGGAAUCUUUGGGUUCCCAGGCAAUCCCGCCACCACUGCGAAUCUAGGAUUACUGGACAUGCGACUUGCCAUGGAAUGGAUUCGCGACAACGCCCCAAAGUUUGGAGGUGAUCCCAGCCGGAUUUCUGUCUUCGGUCAGUCCGCCGGCGCUGGAAUGGCAGACUUCUACGCCUACGCCUACGCUUCGGAUCCCAUUGCCAACGGCUUCGUCCUUCAAAGCGCAACGGUCGUCGGCUUCCCCGCUCUCAGCAGGAACUAUACAUCGACACGGUGGUUCAGAAUUGCGGCGGCUGUCGGCUGCAGGGCUGGCAUCAGCAACGCCACCAACUACAAACUCAUCACGGACUGCAUGAAGAACCGGACCACAGAGCAAAUCUUUGGCGCGUUUGGGCCCGAAGAGACAGGCGUCGGCUCUACGCCCGCUUUCGGGCCCGGCGUGGACGAUGUUCUCGUCUUUGAGGAUUAUACCGGUCGUCGAGCUGCCGAGGCUGGAUAUCUGAUCGGCGACAAUGCCAAUGAGGCGGGACUCUUCCGUUCGAUGCAGACGAAUAGGUCGGACGCGUACUGGAACGACUUCAACUUUAGAUACUACACCUGCGGUGACGCCAUCAGAAUCAGCCAAGCUGUGGACGAUGGGAUGCCGGCCUGGAGGUACCGGUAUUUCGGAGACUUUCCCAACCUGGCCAUCUCUACCAACCCGCCCAGCGGAGCCUAUCACGGUGCUGAAGUAAGUGUUUACACUGCUGCCCUGGUAUCGUACAUUGGAAGGUAG